GAUAACAUUACCUUCUAUUCCUACCUCAAGCUCUUACUUCCCUCCUUUUCACGUGCAGGACAUUUUUAUCAUUUUUAUUUCUCCUUUCAAACUGAGCUGUGCUCAUUAUUUUCGUUCUUUCACCCAUUUACGUCUACUGGCUUGACGCCCUUUCAGCAAAUCAUUAUGAAGAACUUUACGUCCAUCUUGGCACUCAUCGCCCUUUCUGCCGGUGUCGUUACCUCCCGUGCGCUGCCGGUUGGGGAUGGUUUAGUGGCGCGAGUCCCGUAUCCAAUUGAUACUACUAAACUCUCUGAACGUAUCCCCAAGAAAGACAAGGAGCACAAUGCAGCCAACUCGACUAUUUCGGCCGCCACGUCUCUUACAAGCUCAACAUCAGGAGACAAGAAGAAAGGGAAAGGAAAAGGAGCUGCUCAUUCCGCCGCCCAGAAUGGGACAGCUGCGGCCGACACAGGAAAGAAAGGCAAAGGUGGUGCAAACUCUGCCAGCCAAGACAAGGGAGCUGCAAACGCCAAUGACGCUGCGGCCGCCCAGUCAGGUGAAAGUGGAGUGGACAGCAUCGUCCAGAGUCUUACCGGUAUCAACCUAGGCAGUCUUGGUCUUCGAUCCCCCUCAAAGCUUGAGGCUCGGAAAGGAAAGGAGGCUGCUACGCCUGUCGCCUCUGGAGUAGCUGCGGUAGGAACCGGCAAGUCUGCAGCGAAAAAGGUCGGUUCUCAACCCCUCUCUCCAAGGAUCCAGCUAACAGAACCAGGUAAAGGGAGAUGCCAAUAAACAGGGCGCUGCCGCUGCCAAAGCCGGAAACGCAGGCACCGCAGGAAACGCAGCCAAAGCCGGAAACGGCGCAGCCAAAAAAGGCAAAGCCGGAGCCGCAGCAGCAUCCAGCACCGCAACCGCUGCCGCCGCCUCAUCUCCUAGCGUAAACCCCAACGCCA